AUGCCUGGUCUCACUGCAACGGCCCCCUUUCCUGACGAUGUUCCCGUCGCCCCUCUGGUAGUCAUCGAUUACCAGCUCCUGCUGCAAGGCGACAAGACCGAAAUCGGCAAGUUAUGGAGAGCGGGUACCGAGCUGGGAUUCUGGUACCUGAAGAAUCAUGGCGUCGAGGGGGAGGUCAAUCGCAUGUUUGACCUUGGUGCAGACUCCCUCGAUCUGCCGGUGGAAGAACUGAUGAAAUUCGAGCAAGGAGACAACGGGGACUCCUUCGGGUACAAGGCUCGGGGUACCAUUCAGACGGACGCCAAUGGCACGCGGGAUAAUGUGGAGUUCCUAAAUAUUGCACAGGAUGAUGCGUUGUCGUGGCCACGGCCGACACAUCGAACCUACCCCUCAACAGUAAACACGCAUAUGAAGGACACCGUCAUUCCAUUUGUCCGCAAGUCCAUGGACGUCAACUACACUAUUCUCGCCAUUUUCGAGCGGCAGCUAGGCUUGCCAAGGGGCGCCCUGGCAAGCCUGCAUUCUACAGAAGAGCCAUGCGGCAGUGAGGCUCGCUGCAUCAAGACGCCGCCCAACCAGUCGUCUACGGGCGUCGGCGCCCACACUGACUUCGGCACCCUUACGUUCCUCCACAACCGUUUAGGCGGACUACAGGUCAUGCCAUCAGGUACACAGAAGUGGCUAUACAUCAAGCCUCUUUUCGGCCACGCUGUCUGCAACGUGGGUGACGCCUUGUCAAUUUUCAGCGGAGGGAUUCUGCGAUCAAACGUACAUCGCGUGAUGCCUCCGCCGGGCGCGCAGGCGCAGUUCGAGAGAUAUUCAAUUUCGUUCUUUACCCGUCCUCGAAAUUCCGUCAUCCUCCGUGCGCAGCGGGAGCACAGUGACAUGGUCGCAAAGGCCGUUGCGAGCGCCCCCGAUGGGGCAUUUGAAACCGGCUCGACGUCUGCCGAAUGGAUUUCGAGGAGGAUUAGAAAGCUCCGACUGAAUAACAGGAAGGGUCCAGAGACGUGGUACGCCAGCAUGGGAACAGAGCACGACGGUAUCAAACGUCGAGCGGGCGCCGUGGCAUUGGCACCGAGUCGGCCUGUGUAA